CAAGUACUUUGACGUCUUUAUCUCCGCUCAAUCGAAUAGUUGCUGCUUUGAGAUUUUUUGCGGAAGGCAGUUACCAACAUGGAGUUGGUACUGAUUACAACGUAGCAAUGGGUCAGUCAACAGUGUCAAAGUCACUAUCGAAUUUUCUCGAUGUCAUGGAAAGAAAGCUUUGCCGUGAGUGGAUAAAAUUUGAGUAGACCGACGAGGAAAAAAAACAAGCAAAACAGGAGUUUUAUGCGAAGGCAGGCUUCCCAGGAGUCAUAAUGUGCGUUGAUGGUACGCAUAUAAAAAUAAGAAAACCGUCUAAAGAGGGUUUUCUAUACUACAAUAGAAAAGGUUUUUACAGCAUCAAUGCUAUGGUGGUAUGCGAUAACAGAUUACGCAUAAAAAGCAUUGAUGCGCGGUAUCCAGGAUGCAAUCACGACUCACAUGUGUGGGGAUUGAGCAAGUUGAACUUUCAGAUGGAACGGCGAUAUCGCGAAGGCGAAAGAAAUACAUGGCUGUUAGGCGAUGCUGGGUAUCCAUUGCAGCCUUGGCUAAUGACUCCGUAUCGGUCCGUAAAUCAUGGCAGCCAAAAAAGAAGUUACAAUAUGAGGCACUCUAAAACGAGAAAUAUUGUAGAGCGGACAAUUGGGGUCUUGAAGAAUCGUUUUCGAUGCUUGUUGGGAGCUCGAGAACUACACUACUCACCGGAAAAAGCAUGUCAAAUUGUAAACGUUGCUUGUGCCCUCCAUUAUAUUUGCAUCCACUACAAAGUGGAUGAUUUGAGCGCAAAUAAAUUCGAUUUUGAAAACCGUGAGGAAGAGGAAGAAGAACAAAGCAAUGACCCCAAUUAUGCUUCCAUAGCAAACCGUAUUAGAGACAAUAUACUUUCUGCUUUUUAA